AUGCAAGUAGCAGAGAUAAUCUCAGAUCUGACAUCGCUACGAGUCUGCGACUACCAUGAUGCUCUGGCCUUAGUCACUGUCAAUGAAAGAUUGAGCGAGGCAAAGCUGUCAUCGGACGAGAGAGGCAAGGCAGCCGCUAUCAAGCAACGACAGGAGCAGCAGAAUGCGGACUUGUUGAAGGCGAAAGAGCUUGUUGAUCUGCACUAUGAGAUGAAGGCAAAGCAUGCGCAGGGCACGGUUGAUGAAGAGCUUGCUCGUGCUCGAGAUGCUGUAGCUCGUGUUCUGAGGGACCUGGAGGGUUGA